GUUGUUUCCGCAUUUUCCAUUGUUGCAGACUCAAAAAUCUCAAUCUUCGCCAGUCACCACGUCUAGUUGAGUGCUCUGCGGGAUUCCUCUUUCUUCUUCCGCACUUCAAUAAUUCUCAACGCCUCUUAUGCUUAUUAAUUAGAUACGGAUGCUCCCUUAUCUGGAAAAUUUAGCUGAUCACCAACCAGAGCUGAUCGGGUAAUUAUGGCAACAGUGAAGUCGUCUAGGUCAAGAACGCAUGCGGCCGUGACGCCGGCAAAAUAUGCCAACAGAGACACGGGUACGAAGCUGGAGGAGAAACUCACCGUCUUCAAUUCCGACAGUUUCGACGCCGAUAGUUUUGUCCAAUCGAAGUGCCAUUCCUUGAAUGAAAAGGCCUGUUUUUUUGCACUAUAACGUUAAGUGGUUUUUAAAUUGUCAUUUUGAUGGAUAGAAUUCAGCAUCCCCCAUUCGGUUGUGCAUGUUGAUGAAUUAACCGAGCUUUCCACCUUGCAUAUGGCUUAACUGCAUUGUUUCUGUAUGUAUAUCUGGAAAGUUCGUUAUCAGUUAAUAUGAUUUAUGAGUGCCCUGGAAUGUUGCAAAUAAAUAAAACUUUUUGAGACAGUAUAAAUCUGUGUGUUAAGCUCAUAAACUACCCUGCGGUUAUAUAUCCAGCCUGGUUCCUGCAGUUUUAUUUUUAUUUUGAGAAGAAUCUGUAAGCCUGUAAGUAUAUAGUGGCGGGCUGGCUGGCUAUGGGGAUUCUAUAUAUUCAUCAUGCAUGAAAGUUGAUAUUAUAAUGGCUUUCUGUUUGCAGGAGAUUAGGCAGCUAUGCUCCUCUCUGGUGGAUCUGAAAAAGGCCUCUGCUGAGGAAAUGCGCAGGAGUGUUUAUGCUAACUAUACAGCUUUCAUUCGCACAUCAAAAGAGAUUUCAGAUCUUGAGGGUGAACUUUCAUCAAUGAAAAGGCUCUUAUCUACUCAGGCUAAUUUAAUCAAUAAUUUAGCUGAAGGAGUGCAUGUUGAUUCUUUAUCUGAUACUAGUCCUUAUAAUGCCACAAAUGACACUUUGAAUGAUAAAACAAGAGAACCUUCAGAAAUAGAGGAAUGGUUAGCUGAUUUUUCUGAUAACCUUGAUGUUUUAUUAGCUGAGAGGAGGAUAGAUGAAGCCUUGUCAAGCCUUGAUGAAGGAGAAAAAAUAGCUUUGGAAGCAAAACAAAAGAGUACACUAAGUCCCAGAGUCCUGUUGUCACUACAAACUACCAUUACAAAACGUAGGAAAAAAUUAGCAGAUCAGCUUGCUGAUAUUGCCUUCCAAACAUCAACACGUGGUGCCGAGCUUCGUGCUGCUAUUGUAGCUCUCAAGAAGCUUGGAGAUGGUCCUCGUGCCCAUAGUUUACUACUCAACGCUCAUCACAAGAGAUAUCAAUACAAUAUGCAAAGUUUUCGUCCAUCAAGCACAACAUAUGGAGGAGCAUAUACUGCAGCACUCUCACAAUUGGUAUUCUCUGCCAUUUCCCAAGCAGCGAGUGAUUCAUUGACUAUUUUUGGAAAGGAGCCAGCUUAUACAUCUGAGCUUGUCGUGUGGGCUAAUAAGAAGACAGAGGAUUUCGCUGUCCUUGUUAAAAGGCAUGCAUUGUCAUCAUCUGCAGCUGCUGGGGGCCUUAGGGCUGCUGCAGAGUGUGUUCAGAUAGCUUUUGGACACUGCACAUUGUUGGAAGCUCGGGGGCUUGCACUUUGCCCUGUGCUGUUGAAGCUGUUUAGGCCUAGUGUUGAGCAAGCACUGGAAGCCAAUUUAAAACGAAUUGAGGAGAGCACUUCUGCUCUAGCAGCAGCUGAUGAUUGGGAACUUACAAAUCCUCCAAGUUCAUUCCGCCAGUCUGCUAUGUAUCAACAUAAACUUUCAAGUAGUGCCCAUCGGUUUUACUUGAUGGUUCAGGAUUUCUUUGAGGAUGUGGGGCCGUUAGUAAGCAUGCAGUUGGGUGGAAAAGCGAUGGACGGUUUGUUCGAGGUCUUCAAUGCUUAUGUGAACACGCUAAUAAAAGCAUUACCUGGUUCUUUAGAAGAAGAAACCGAGUUUGAUGGUUUAACAAACAAAAUUGUCCGGAUGGCUGAGACUGAAGCCCAACAGAUUACUUUGCUUGCAAAUGCCACCUUAUUAGCAGAUGAGCUCUUACCACGUGCAUCAAUGAACCUUUCUUCUUUCAGUCAAGCCAAUUACAAGGAUGAGCAUCAACUAAGGACUGAUAGACAAAGUCGUCUUCCAGAGCAAAGGGAAUGGAAAAAGCGCCUUGUGAGCACCGUUGACAAAUUAAAAGAUAGUUUUUGUCAAUUGCAUGCUCUUGAACUCAUUUUCAAUGAGGAUGGUGAUAGCAACCUUACCGCAGACAUGUACAUAAACUUGGAUGGUAAUGCGGAUGAGAUAGAAUGGCUCCCUUCUCAAAUAUUCCAGGGGCUCUUUUUAAAGCUAAACACGAUAGCUUCCAUAGCUGCAGAUAUGUUUGUUGGACGGGAAAGGUUUGCAACAUUGUUAUUGAUGAGACUUGUAGAAACUGUUAUGUUGUGGCUCUCCCAAGACCAGAGUUUUUGGGAUGAUAUUCAAGGACCAAGACCUCUAGGGCCUGUUGGUCUUCAGCAGUUCUAUUUGGAUAUGACAUUUGUCAGAUACUUUGCUUCACAAGGACGCUACUUUUCUAGGAAUUUGAACCGCAUCGUUGGUGAUAUCAGAAGUAGGGCAGUAUCAGCGUUUUCUUCAACUGGGAUGGAUCCAUUGAGUGUGCUUCCAGAAGAGGACUGGUUCACUGAUAUUUGUCAAGAUGCGGUGGAUAGGCUGAGUGGAAGGCCUAGAGUUGCCAACGGGGAAAGAGAUUUGAACAGCCCCACAGCUUCUGUCUCAGCACAGUCGAUAUCAUCUGUGAGAUCUCAUGGGAGUUACUAAUGAGAAUGUGGUCUUUGGACCGUUGUAAUGUAUGUCCGUUGUAAUGUUUAUAUGAACAUAUUCAUUGCUUCUAGGAUAGCAAUGCUAUUCAUAGUAACGAAAAAGUUGCACUCAUUCAUGUGUUCUUGCUCUAAUCUUGUUUGACUAGGAUUGCUCUGCUGUAAAUGCUAGGUAAUGUGAAAAGCGACAUGUUUGGACAGGUUUGAUAACACUGCUGCAUCAAUUUUUUUUCAAGAAGCUGAUAAUUUCAAGAAAGACUUUACAUGUUUUACUGCACUAAUCCAAAAUGCAGGAAAACAAGAGGAAAUGGUUUAAAGCAUGAAACAUUCAGUAAUACCCCUCCGAAGGCUUGAUCAAUGAAAUAAUCAGACUGGAACAAUGCAAUUUAGGAUUUCUUUAAGGUUAUUCAAUGUUGCAGAAUAAAAGGGGUACUUUCCGGAAUUGUUAACAAAGUAUUUGCAUAGAAACCAGUUUACUGACUCUGAAGAUCACCUUUCAGUUCAUGAAUAGAUCUAUGUGUUAUACAACUACAACAUAUUUUAAGUACAUGAUGUACAUGAUGCCUUGUCAUUAAAGUCAAAUGAAAAAUUAAGGGAUCCCUAUUCUGUACAUGUAGAGAAGAGUGGGAUUCAUUAAUCUAAUUACAAAACUUACAAACUGUUCUGUAAAUGUGUUUGUAAUGAGUACUUUUCUUUUCUUGUUCCGGGCCAGUUUGUUUGGGGGAUUUCAGAGGAGAGGGAAAGGGA